AUGAAGAUCACCGCCAUCCUUUCCGUGCUCCUACCCACCGCUUUGGCUCUGCCCUUGGCCGCUCCAGCUCCCGCCGCAGCUGGGGUGACCACUCGUGGCUCCACCACCAGCCCAAACAGUCUCUUUGCCGUCAGAUACAGGAAAGACCUCAUCAGCGACCCCCAAAAGCGCGCGGAGCCUGCCGACUCCAUCUUCCCUGUGCGCUAUAGCAGUGACGUGGCCCAGGAUUCCAAGAAGCGCUCGGAAAACGUAGGAUUCCCUACAAAGUACAGCAAGGACGUGAUCAACACCGCGCUGAAGCGCUCCCAGCCACCGAGUCUCUUUGCUGUCAGCUACAAGAAGGACGUCAUUGACAGCAAGGCCCCCGCUGCGAAGUUGGAGAAACGUGAGGCCACUGAGGGUAUCUUUGCUGUCAGAUACAGCAAGGAUGUUGUCCCGUCGCAAGACUAGGAGAACUUUCGGACCCUGUAGUGCGGUUCGCAUGUAUCGCAAUUUCCUGUAGUGCGCGUCUGUGGUGCUGGUCUCGUAUACCCGUUGUGUUGGUCAGGUCGAGGGUGGACUUUGUGUUGGAACCCUUAUGUAUCGGUCGCAUCCCUACUUCGUUGGUACUGCUGUAGCU